AUGCGCCUGGGAGGAGACUCGGAAAAGGUCACGAGCUGUAUCAGGCUGCUGCUCUCGACAUCCCAUUGUAAGCUUUCGGAACUGGCCGCAGCCAAGAUCGAUGAUGGAGGCGGUACACUACUACACCGCAUCAAUAGAAAGACGGUAGUAUCCGUGGUGCAGCUGCUGCUUGAGAUGGGAUUAUCCGUGGAAACGCAAGACCAGUCUGGAUACACGCCUUUGGCCAUUGCCAUUGCGAGCGGCAAUGAAGGAGUGGCCAGGUGCCUCAUCGAGCACGGAGCCGCCAUCAACACCUUGAGCCCCCAAUUCGGUAGCAUUUUGCAUCUUGCAUGCGCCACUGGCUCCUUGGGCUUGGUCAAGCUGCUUCUGAACGCCGGUGCCGAC